CUUGUGAUCAGUCUCUGUCUCUGUCCCCCUAAACAUCAUGAAGUCCCACGCUCCUUCCAUUCUCUUUCUUCUUUUCUCGCUGUUUCUUGCCGUUAAACCAGACCUCUCCGCCGACAGAUCAGCCAUCCUCGCCAUCCGCUCCUCCGUCGGCGGCCGUUCCAUACUCUGGAACAUUUCCCAACCCGCUACGCCAUGCACAUGGCCAGGCGUCGUCUGCGACAACCAAACAAACCGCGUCGUCGAACUCCAUUUCCCCGGAAUGGGUCUCUCCGGCGAACUCCCACCAAACACACUCGGCAACUUGACCCAGCUCACCACUCUAUCCCUCCGUUACAACGCCCUCUCCGGUCAACUUCCCGUCGACAUCUUCUCACUUACGAACCUUCGAAACCUCUACCUCCAAGACAACCUCUUUUCAGGUCCUAUUCCGGAUUUAUUCUCAUCGCUCGGGAAUCUCGUUCGUGUCAGCUUCGCCGGAAAUAACUUCUCCGGUCCCAUUCCUUCUUCUGUUAAUAAUUUGACUCGUUUAGCUAAGUUCGAUGUGUCAAACAACCAAUUAACCGGUGAAAUACCUUCAAAGUUCGUGGGUUUCCCAGAAUCCGAAUUUUCUGGGAAUUUUCUCUGUGGGAGUCCGGUUGAAGCUUGUAACGGGUCAGAUACCGGGUCGAGUUCAUCUAAUAAACUCUCCGGCGGCGCCAUUGCGGGAAUUGUCAUCGGAUCUUUGUUUAUUCUUCUGUUAGUUUCGCUAAUCUUCUUCUUUUUGUGUUGUAAGAAGAGGAAUCAAAAUGAGGAGUUGAAAUCGAAGGAUGUGGGUGAGGUGAAGCAAAUGCAAAUUGAGAUUCCACAUGAGAAUGCCGACAGUUCUAGCAGCGGAUUUCCGUCGUUGACGGCGGCGGUGGGUGGUGGUGGUGGAAAAGCGAAAUCCGGGGAAGUUAGUAAGAAACUAGUGUUUCUGGGCGGAGCUAAAAAACAGAGGAAAUUCGAUUUGGAUGAUUUAUUGCGGGCGUCGGCGGAGGUUUUGGGGAAAGGGACGUUUGCGACGGCGUACAAAGCGGCGUUGGAGGCGGAUCUCACGGUGGUUGUGAAGCGAUUGAGGGAUGUAACAAUGUCGGAGAAGGAAUUGAAAGAGAAAAUUGAGGGUGUUGGGAAAAUGGAUCAUGAGAAUUUGCUUCCUUUGAGAGCUUACUAUUUUAAUGGCGAAGAGAAGCUUCUUGUUUGUGAUUACAUGCCCACAGGAAGCCUUUCUGCACUCUUACAUGGCAACCGUGGAGCCAGUCGAAAGCCAUUAAAUUGGGAAACACGAUCCAUAAUCGCUUUAGGAGCCGCGCGAGGGAUCACAUACCUCCAUUCACAAGGACCAAAAGUUUCCCACGGAAAUAUAAAAUCAUCAAACAUCCUGCUAACUCCAUCCUACGAGUCACGGGUCUCUGAUUUUUGCCUGGCGGGACUCGUGGGUCCCGCCAUGGCACCAACCCGUGUAGAUGGAUAUCGGUCACCUGAAGUGACCGAUAUCCGAAAAGUUUCUCAAAAAGCAGACGUUUACAGUUUCGGAAUUUUAUUAUUAGAAUUACUCACGGGUAAAUCCCCGAUAAAUAACGAAGAAGGGGUCGACCUUCCAAGGUGGGUCCAAUCAGUAGUUAGAGAAGAGUGGACUUCCGAGGUUUUUGAUCUUGAGCUUUUGAGGUAUCAAAAUGUUGAAGAUGACAUGGUUCAAAUGUUACAGCUGGCAAUAGAAUGUACAGCUAAAUACCCGGAUAAGAGACCGUGUAUGGAUGAUGUGGCUAGUAAGAUUGAGGAGAUUUGUCAUUUGAGUGGAUCACAAGAAGCGCACACACAAGAAAGUGAUGUCGUGAGCAAUUCGUGACGGUUAGGGGUAUUUUCGUCAUUUUGAAAAUUGUUGUUUGGUGUUUGCUUAUUCAUAUUGGUUUUUUGUAUUCUUUUCUGGUUGAUAUUUACUAGAGCAAUAUUCUUUUCCUUGUAUGAUGUAAUUUUGUGGGU